GCACUGAUAGAUAACAGAAAGAGCCAAAGAUGGGACAUGUACACUGAUCAUCAGGGCACUGAUGAUCAGCGUGCCCUGAUGAUCAAUGUGGCCCCAGAAGUGCCACCUGUCAGUGUUCAUCAGUGCCAGCAGUCAGUGCUCAUCAGUGCCACGUGCCAGUGCCCAUCAGUGCCACAUCAAUGCCACAUAUCAGUGCAUACUAGUGCACAUCAAUGCCACAUAUCAGUGCCCAUCUGAGCUGCCUUUCAAUGUCACCCAUCAGUGCCAGUCAGUGCCACCUAUCAAUGCCAGUCAGUGCUGCCAAUCAGUGCUGCCUAUCAGUGCCAGUCAG